GCAAUCAGAAAAAUGGAAAAAACAAUUAAGCACCCAAAAGAAAAAAAAAAAAGAGAGAGAGUAAAAUCGCAUGUGGGUUCCCACCGUCCACAGUUUAAUCCAGCCGCCCGCUUUGUCGUCUCUCUCGUCUCCGUCCUCACCACCGUCGUUCAUUUGCGUUUGACUCUCUCUCUCUCUCUCUAUCUCUCUCUGUCUGUUAAAUCUCUCUCACUAUUUCUUUCUAUAAUUUCUUAGUUUCUCUUAUUUCUGUGUUUUGUACUUUCUCUCCUUUUUCACUCAUAAUCUCUGAUCUCUCUCUGAGCUGUCGUCUCUGCUCUCUGCUCUCUCUCUCUCUCUCUCUCUCUUAUAUUUCAGAAAGAGAAGUGUCCCUUUUAAUCAAAAGGAAACAGAAGUGUGCCUUCCCUGUUCAGUUAACCCAAAACGAGGAUUCCAAAAGAGGUACAAAACCCAUUAACCAGAAGAAGAGGCAGGGUGAGAUUAGGGACAAGUCCAUUGGUUAUUUACCCUUCCCCCAACCAAACCCAUUAACCCCUUUUCCCCGCUUUUUCACCUAUUAUGAGCUAUAAAGAGGGUGUCUUGCUCUGGAUCAUUGUUGGGUUCUAAGCGUCUUCUUCUGUUUCUGGUGAAUCUUUUGCUUUGUUGAAAGAGACUGGGAAAGAAGGAAAGAAAGAGAGGUAGUCAUGGCUGGUAGUAAUGAAGUCAACCUCAAUGAAUCCAAGAGGGUUGUUCCACUCAAUACAUGGGUACUCAUCUCCAAUUUCAAGCUGGCGUACAAUCUCCUCCGCCGCUCCGACGGAACAUUCAACCGUGAGCUGGCGGAGUACCUUGACCGCAAAGUCCCUGCAAACACAUUCCCAGUUGAUGGUGUCGUCUCCUUUGAUCAUGUCGACAGAAGCACUGGCCUCCUCAACCGGAUUUACCAAAUGGCCCCCGCAAACCAUGCUCAAUGGGGCAUUGUGAAUCUUGAGAAACCCUUGAGCACCACUGAAAUUGUGCCUGUCAUAAUAUUCUUCCAUGGUGGGAGCUUCACUCACUCCUCGGCCAACAGUGCUAUCUAUGACACUUUCUGCCGCCGCCUUGUUAACACCUGCAAGGCUGCUGUGGUGUCUGUAGACUACCGCCGAUCACCUGAACAUCGGUAUCCCUGUGCUUAUGAUGACGGCUGGGCAGCUCUCAAGUGGGUUAAGUCGAGAACAUGGCUUCAGAGUGGGAAGGACUCUAAGGUUUAUGUGUACUUGGCUGGAGAUAGUUCUGGUGGCAACAUUGCACACCAUGUUGCUGUGAGGGCAGCUGAAGCUGAAGUUGAGGUUUUGGGGAACAUCCUUCUUCAUCCAAUGUUUGGCGGGCAAAUGAGGACUGAAUCCGAGGUUAAACUAGAUGGGAAGUACUUUGUAACGAUUCAAGACCGCGAUUGGUACUGGCGAGCCUUUUUGCCUGAAGGAGAAGAUAGAGACCACCCGGCAUGUAAUCCAUUUGGCCCCAGAGAUAAGGGGAUUGAAGGGCUCAAGUUCCCCAAAAGUCUUGUUGUUGUGGCUGGUUUGGACCUUAUGCAAGAUUGGCAAUUGGCUUAUGUUGAAGGGCUCAAGAAUUCGGGGCAGGAGGUAAAGCUCAUUUUCCUGAAGGAGGCGACAAUUGGGUUCUACUUCCUGCCUAACAAUAAGCAUUUCUAUUGUUUAAUGGAGGAGAUAAGCAACUUCGUCAAUCCUGACUGUUAAUAGCCUAUUCUCUCCACUUAACUUUACCAGCCAUACAUAGCGAAAGCUUGACUCUUUACCCUGGUGCAUCCACACCAUCAUUUGCGGUGAUCAUCAUCGGUGUGUAGUUGUAAGAUUAUCCUAUCUAUUAUUACUACGUCUUACUAUUUACUCUUGGUAAUUUGAGAGUUCUGGGGAUAGUGGUUGUCCUGAGAAGACCGUCUUCGGCAGCCAGCUAAGGAGCAUCAGAACUCGCUUAUGCUAUAUCGGCGGAAGAGCUACCAUUGAUAAUAGCUUAUCCUAGAGGGUAAUGCUUGGUGGUUUAUUGAUCAUAUAAAUCUAUUUAGUAAAUGGAUUUUCAUGUACUAAUUUCGGAACCUGGGGACUGGAAGAUCUUAUCUUCUACUUGUUAUGAACACAAGUGUUAUACUACUACUAGUAGUAGGCUUAAGUUAAUCAAAUAUAAAGAUUUUGUUUGCUA